CAUUGACUCAAACAGUGAAUCUGGCAUCCUGCGGGUGGAGGAGCAGCACACUAAAGCAGCUAUUUUCCGCUUCCCCAUCGGUCCAGUUGAAGUAUUUAAUCUUAGAUUUUUUUUUUAUUCGAAGAUAUCGAGCGUUGACUGCUGAUUGAAGCGCAUUUAUUUUUCUUUUUUGAAUUUUUCUUUUUUGUUGUUGUUCUCAUUAAAUCAAUGGGAAGCUGCUUGCCCGAUCAAGCGUUGACGAGUCAGCCCGGUCAAGCAAGGGCGUGAAGGAGCCGAGGUUGUUCUUCGCGUCGUCGUGGGAAUGAGUUGCCGCAGAAAAAGACCGCAAAGUGGAAAUCAACACUGCUGAUGACAAUCUAAAGUGUAAUCGUCAUGUCGGCGGUGAUGAUAAGCAGGAAGGUGCGGAAAUGGGAGAAGCUGCCGGGCAAGAACACUUUCUGCUGCGAUGGACGGGUGAUGAUGGCCCGGCAGAAGGGAGUCUUCUACCUGACCCUAUUCCUCAUCAUAGGGACCUGCGCUCUUUUCUUCGGCUUCGAGUGUCCGUACCUGGCGGUUCACCUGUCUGCCGCCAUCCCAGUCUUUGCCGCUGUGCUUUUCCUCUUUGUUAUGGCCAUGCUACUGAGGACCAGCUUCAGUGACCCGGGGGUCCUUCCUCGCGCUCUGCCAGAGGAGGCCACAUUCAUCGAAAUGGAGAUUGAGGCUGCCAACGGCAAUGUCCCCAGUGGGCAGCGACCGCCUCCUCGAAUCCGCAACGUUGAGAUCAACAAUCAAAUCGUCAAGCUCAAGUACUGCUACACGUGCAAGAUCUUCAGGCCGCCGCGAGCGUCCCACUGCAGCAUCUGCGACAACUGCGUUGACCGUUUUGAUCACCACUGUCCGUGGGUGGGCAACUGCGUGGGCAAGAGGAACUACCGCUACUUCUACUUGUUCACACUCUCUCUCUCGCUGCUCACCAUUUACAUCUUCACCUUUGACAUCGUCCAUGUAGUCAUGCGUUCAGUGGACGAUGGCUUUUUGAGUGCUUUGAAGGAAACCCCCGGAACGGUGCUGGAGGUGCUGGUGUGUUUCUUCACGCUGUGGUCAGUGGUCGGCCUUACCGGCUUCCACACCUACCUGAUCUCGCUAAACCAGACCACCAAUGAGGAUAUUAAAGGAUCCUGGUCGGGGAAGAAUCGAGUGCAGAACCCCUACAGUCAUAAGAACAUCUUUAAAAACUGCUGCGAGGUGCUGUGUGGGCCCACGUACCCAAGCGUCUUGGACAGGAGGGGCUUGACGCACGAAGAUUCACUCGUUUCUGCAUCGCCUGCUGCACCAUCCUCCUCCUCCUCUUUAUCCUUUUCCAACAACAGCAAGCCAGUGCCGCCAACCACUAAAACUACGGCGCCGCUCAUUCCAAAUGAGCACACGCCCGACGAGGCCAAGCCGAGCAUCGGCGUCUCGGCGGAGCAGUGCUGCUCCCCCGAAGAUGAUCUUCCCCCUUCUUCCUUCAUCCCGCCUUUGGCUUCCCCUGAGACUGACGCUGAGGCCUCCGUCCCCAAGGACAAGAACCACUAACUGCGUUCCUUUGAGUCCUGACCGACCAGGAACUCUCAUAAUACCCCAAACCCGACUGUGCGCUGGUGACUCAGUUCCUCUGCUUCCCCACGUGAGUGACGCAUCUGAUCUAAUGGAAGGUCAGCGUCUUUCCCGUCUCCUGAACACUUGGCUUUGCAAGUCUCACCGAGGGAGGAAAAAAAAAACGUGUGCAUGACGACUGAUGAGCUCCACUCGGAUGACUUUUUUUCCAAAACUUGUAUUGACUUUAAAUGUGAGCGGCCGAUAUAGUCCAAGCAAGUGGCCGGCCGGCACCGACAUUGUUGCUUCUCUCCGCGUGUAAAUUGUCAUUCAUUCCUUUUUCUGUUGUGCAUAUGUUACAUGCUCUAUGCAAAGGCAAGGCUGGACAAGCGGUGUUUGUGUGUAGCUGACAUUGUAUUGGCUCUGUACAGGCAAGUUAAACAUCUACCUUGUAUUCUGUGAUCUGCUGCAUUCAGUACUGUUACUAUAGCAAUGGAAACGCCUGGAAACGCUUCCUUCUUUUCCCUCUCUUUUAAUACAUAAUCGUUCAAGGCGUGUAUAUAAUUGUGUGACACUCGAAAUAUCUUCAUCGGGAGGAAUCCCACCAUUUGUGUGUGGCUUUUGAUGUUCUUAGAUCCUGGUAGCAAUCGUGCCUUAUAAUGGACGCAACAGACGUCUGUCAACAAAGACACCCCCAGUUAAAUACAAAAUGCCAACAUUCAAACGUUAGAUGGCAUACAUGCGCUACUCGCAAAAAGUUAGGGAUAUGGCGGUUCUUUGAGAGUUGGAUGUUUUUGUUUUUUGUUUUUUUUGAGACGAGCGCUGUAUGGUCACUUCAACUCAAUUAACAAUAACCGGGGCAGUGUGAACAAUUAAUCAAAAAGAUAGGCUGCAAGCUAAACAUCAAACUAAGAGUAUUACACAUCUUGUAUUUAAGACAACCAAGCAGUGUCGCUUUAAGUACAGCCCUCUAGCUUAAUGCUAACAUAUAAUUGAAAUGCCAUUGACAUGAUUGUCGCCGUUUUAGACUCCUCAAAGACACCGACAUUUGAACACAAAUGGUGGAGUAACAGUUGUCGGCAAAUAAUACAAUAUUCACAGGCAUAUAUUCUUUAUCUUCUAUGAAAAAUAAAAAAACUAUUACAGAAUCUUCCUGUGUUGCUUACAGUAGCAGUAGAAAAGGAAGUACUAUUCUUCCUUAUUCAUGACGGUAUGACUACAAUACUGCCUGCCGGUGGCUAAGGCGGGUACAACAGAAAGAGCAGCACAAUGAAAUUAAACGUAGCAUUAAAUCAUGAUGCACAUGAUGCUUGACAUUUUCUUUAACGAUGAUAUUACUGUUUUUUGAGUCGAAUUUUAUAGACAAUGCUUUCCUUUUCAUAAAAUGUUUGUAGGAGGGAGGCUGGAACAGGUUAAGGGCAUUUUCAUUCAUCUCAAUGGGGAAAGAUGAUUUGAGAGAUGAGUGUUUUGAGUUAUGAGAGGAUGAAUUAAAUUAACAUCCCAAAGCAUCACAGUAUUCAGCUGUUUAAAUCUCAAUUGAACCGGAAAGUUUAUUGGUACAGAGAGAAUAACAAAAAAACUGAACAUGUAUACAUUUCCCCCAAAAGCAGAAUACCCCUAACUUUUUGUGAGUGGAUAUAUAUUAGGAUUAAUAUUUAUUUUCUUGCUGAGUGUACAUCAGGAUUAAGACUCACAUCUUCUCAUUGGUAACCACAGUUAGCUUAGCAUACAUUUGUGAUAAAGUGAUUAGUCAACUUUAAACAUUGAUGCGGGGAUAUAAAGUUGGCUCGUCGACUAAUCAAUUCAACCCCGAGUUUUAAAACGACUUGGCCAAGAUGAACAGAAUCAAUCCUCCUCAACCCCUUAGGAAGAGAACUGCACUAUAUUAUGCAUUUUCUUGUUCUAGUUUUGCUUGUCCUUUCAGGGAAAAAGCUCAAUCUUCCAAAUUGUAAUGAGGAGUGAAAACUGUUGAUUUGGACACAAGUUAGUAAAAAGCAAAGAAACGACAACAACAAGCCAAGCCAUUGUCGAAUUGUACAUAUAUUUGAAAAUGUGGAUGUAGUGAAAUAGGCAGUACGGUUGACUUAUUUCAAGUGUUCCCGAGCGAGCCAAUCAUCUCCCAGUCGUCAACUCUUUCUCCAGCCACUCUCUAAGAAAAAAAAAGGCAGCUCAGUAACAUCUUUUCAUUGACAUCAUUCAAGCGGAGGUUGGCUGUCUUUAAUGCAGGAAAUAUAAACUGAAGUAGGCGAGUGAGCGCAAGAGAUGAGGUGAGAGUCACAAGAGGAAAAAUGUGAUGAAAAGUCAAGCAAAUUUUUUGGGUGUUUAUAUUGAUGUUAGCGAGUUUGUGAUUGUGUGCUAUUGUGUCAAAUGCGAGAGAGAACAAGUGUUUGUGAACUAUACGUGUCUAAAAGUGAUGAGUAUCGGAGACUGCCAGCAGAUGUGGCCAAAACAGUCCAUUUCUAGCGAAUUAGUCAUGUCAGUUGAUUUUUAUUAUAGCCAAAGUGGAGAAUGAAUUGCUAUUGCAGAAGAUUUGGUCAUUCCUGGCAGCUCUUUUUCUUUGUGAUGUGAACACGUUAAGGAAUGAGGACAGAUAUUGGAGGCUUUUCAUGAACCCAAAAUGAUGUUUCUUUUUACUGCAUAAGGGAGAUGGAAGUGAUUUGGAAAAGGGUGACUGUAUGCAACUUAUAUUUAUCAGUAUCCAAGCAGAUUACUUCUUUUCAAUUUUUUUUUCUUUUUUUCUUUAAGUGAUACAUUUGCCAAGAUCAGAUCUGAAUGCUCUGAUAAUAGACAAUAUAUAUAUCUAUGACAUCAUGUGUACGGAUACAGUAUUACAGCAUUUAUGUUCACUUUGUUUGGUCUUAACACUGUGAUUCUAUGUAUUUGGUUUCAAUUACUUCACUUCUUUUUACAUGAACAAUAUGUCUGGUAAAUAAACCAUAUUGUAUUAUUA